UGCCGCCUUCAAAACAACUGGGUACUCGGAAAGAUACGAGGUAAAAUCAUGACAUCAGUGAUCUUCAGGUCGGAGCUCUAGAUAGAGUUCCUGAGUUGGGAUUCCGAGUUGGAUGACGGUUCAAAUCGAUUUUCCCAGUCGGAGAUUUCUUUUCGCAGUUUCUUUUCGCAGUUUCCAGUUGUUUUGAACGCACUGAAGUCGGAGAUUUCCGAGUUCCCAUUUGUUUUGAACGUGGUAUUGUAUUGGAGAAGCAGUUUUAGCCUAUCUUCGUAUUAUACUGUAUUUGGUGUAGCGAGCCAUAUACUUACCGGUGAUUGUAUCUGAGCAUCCAUGAACACGCGUCGUUACCACGAUCCUAGGAACAGCCAGGAAGGGGUGUACCUAGGGCUUGCCCAGACCCAGUCACUGCUGAUCCUGCCACAGGACCCACAACUCACAGCGCCCAGUCCACCUCCACCUGACCCAUGGUGGACAUAAGCAACAUGUCUGGCAGGGACCGCACCAAUGAGUUCCAGUUAGUCUGCAGGUCACUACAGGGGAGACAGUUGCCAAAAGGAAAUCCCUCUUUGAUGACAAAGCUGUGGAGAUUGAGGAGUUAACCUACAUCGUUAAACAGGACAUAAACAGUUUGAAUAAACAGAUAGCACAGCUGCAGGCAGGGCCUUGUGCGCUCCAGACAAAGUCAGAAUGGCAAACAUCUACAGACACAUUCCAACACCAUCGUUGUCUCCCUCCAGUCAAAACUGGCAUCAAUGUCAAACGACUUUAAGUCUGACUGAGAACCUCAAAGAGCAGAAAACUAGAAGAGAUCAGUUUUCUCAAGCUCCAGCUUCCUCCUCCCAUCCACGCCAGCAACUUCAGUAACUCAUUGUUAAUGCAGGACGACUCUAAAAAGACAGCUGAAGUCUCUGUAGAUAUGGAAUUCCGCGCCAGUCAACAGCUGCAGCUCAUCAAUGAACAGGAGUCGUACAUCCAGAGCCGCGCGGACACCAUGCAGAACAUAGAGAGCACCAUCGUAGAGCUGGGCUCCAUCUUCCAGCAGCUGGCCCACAUGGUGAAGGAGCAGGAAGAGACUGUGCAGAGGCAGUCACACAGCACUGAGCGGAAGAUACGAGACACCUCGCUCACCUUCGGCUCCAACUCUGUCACCAGCUUCCUUGUCCUAGACAUGACAAAGAUUAUGUAUGGAGAAAAAGAGAGAGAAUGUGUGGCAAGCUCAUCUUCGACCAAAUGGGACAAAAUUGCAGACGUUUGCAAACAAAUCCAUUUCCAGACCCAGAAGUCCAUGCAUCAUCAGAAAUGGGAUAAAGGAGGCUUAGAUGCAAAAAGGCCCUAAUUGAAAACAGUGCUCAUGAUGGAAGUCAAGUCAUCAUCCACCUCUUCUUUACUUCUCUUAUACCCCCUCCCUUUCCUCCUUUUCUCCCAUCACCACCACCCACUCUCUCCUUUUCACAUGUAAUUGCUGGUCAAGUUUUUCACUCCAUCUAUUGCCCAUCCCUUGUAAAUCUGCCCCUCUCUCUUCAACUCUCUCUCUCUCUGAACUCUCUCUGCUUUGUCUCGCUUUUCUUUGUUUAGGUAAACAUCUUGCAGAGACAGAGAAUACUAAGAUACCAAUUAGGAGAAGAGUAACUGGGAAUCUGAGUACUGCAGUCAUCUCUGAGGGAACAGAAGGAAGGACUCUUACAUGUUCUUAUAUUGUCCUUGUGAAAAUUAUAAGAUAAGUUGCAAUGGUCUUGAUGAUAUUACAACAACCGUGUUUGACAGUAUUGACAUGAUAUUUCAGUUUUUUUAAAUAAAAUGGUUUUCUCUUCCAA